GCUGCACGGAGUUGGUUGUGGCUGCUGUCAGCUACAAGCUAAAGGCAGGAUGAUGACAUUUCAUCGUGUUGACACCUUUUAACGUUAUUUGUUUUUAAAUUAAAAUUAACUCCCCGGUCUGAGCCCUACUCGAUCCCCGUCUGAAGUUGUCCGUGUUGUUCUCGGGUGUGCUUUGAGGCUCUUCCGUUACUUUGACACUGUGUUCAGAUCUGACUCGGAGAGCAAUGACAGAGUUUGAGGAGAAGCUCCGUCAGCAACAUGAGGAUUCGAUGCACCGUGAGCUGGAGGCUCUGCUCACCACAACCAACAAAGCUGAAGCAGAGAUCUCCAGAAAAGAUUUUGAUGGUUUCAAGAAGCUCUUCCACAGAUUCCUGCAAGUCAAAGGGCCUUCAGUGGACUGGGCCAAGAUCAACCGGCCACCGGAGGAGUUGAUCCAGCCCUAUGACAGGAUCAAGGCGAGGGGACUACCUGACAACAUCGCUGUCAGUCUCAACAAACUUGCUGUGGUUAAACUAAAUGGCGGUCUAGGAACCAGCAUGGGCUGCAAGGGCCCAAAGAGUCUGAUCAGUGUCCGCAAUGAGAACACCUUCUUGGACUUGACGGUGAAACAAAUUGAGCAUCUAAACAAAACCUUUAAUGCUGAUGUGCCGCUUGUACUCAUGAACUCCUUCAACACCGACGAGGAUACAAAGAAGAUCCUGCAGAAAUACAAACACCACCAAGUCAAAAUCCACACUUUCAAUCAGAGCAGGUAUCCGAGGAUCAACAAGGAGUCCCUCCUGCCGAUUGCUAAGAGCAUGGGCACCAGUGGCGAAAAUGCCGAGGCCUGGUACCCGCCAGGGCACGGAGACAUCUACGCCAGCUUCCACAACUCCGGGCUCCUGGACAAACUCAUUGCUGAAGGGAAAGAGUACAUCUUUGUUUCCAACAUCGACAACCUGGGAGCCACAGUUGACCUGUUCAUCCUCAACCAUCUGAUGAGCCAGCCGGCCGACAAACGCUGCGAGUUCAUCAUGGAGGUCACAGACAAGACCAGAGCCGACGUCAAGGGUGGUACUCUGAUCCAGUAUGAGGAUCAUCUGAGGCUGCUGGAGAUCGCACAGGUCCCUAAGGCCCACGUUGACGAAUUUAAGUCUGUUACCAAGUUCAAGAUCUUCAACACCAACAAUUUGUGGAUCUCUCUGCCCGCCAUCAAGAGGUUGCAAGAGAAGAACUCCAUGGACCUGGAGAUCAUCGUCAAUCCAAAGACCCUGGAUGGUGGGCUGAAUGUCAUCCAGCUAGAGACAGCUGUGGGUGCUGCCAUCAAAAGCUUUAACAAUGCCAUGGGUGUGAACGUGCCCCGUAGCCGCUUCCUGCCCGUAAAGACAUCAUCUGACCUGCUGCUGGUGAUGUCCAAUCUGUACACCCUGGACGCCGGCUCUCUCACCAUGAGCAAGAAGAGAGAGUUUCUGACCACGCCUCAUGUCAAACUGGGCAGCUCCUUCACAAAGGUUCAGGAGUUUCUGGCAAGAUUUGAAAACAUCCCUGACAUGUUGGAGCUUGAUCAUCUCACUGUGUCUGGAGACGUCACCUUCGGGAAGAACGUCUCUCUCAAAGGUACUGUCAUCAUCAUAGCUAAUCAUGGUGACCGGAUAGAUAUUCCUGCUGGAGCAAUGCUGGAGAACAAGAUUGUUUCAGGAAAUCUGCGGAUCCUUGACCAUUGAGGCCUUCUGGGAAAAAUGCUCAAAGCCAUUUGGAUCUUAAAGAUGACUUUUAAGAGAUUCUGUUCUUCUGCCCACUGAUGAACAGCAGGGUUGUUACAGCUUUUGUAUUAAACAGUUAAGCCAGUGUAAAGUCAGCCUGAAAAGGUCAGAGGUCAAACUCACCCUGCUUCCAAAUUUUCCAAAUUUGCUAUUACUGCAGACAAUCACUGUAAAGUAUGGCUCACUGUGGUCAUCUGUUUUCUUGUGUCAAUAAAAAAGUGCAGUACAGGUCA